AUGCUCAUCGCGCAACAGUUAGGUGGGUCGCAAUCGUCCCCGGGCUUUCAUAGUUCCAUAACAGCGCCUGAGCUGAGAUUGAAUCCUUCCAGACAUAUGAAAGAUCUCACUCCACAUUUCAAAUUCCUAGCAUUAGCGACUUUUGUUGCAUAUCGUGCAUUGUGUAACUUGGAGACACCUGUGGCAUGCUUGCUCGUCGAUAAACGAACUGGCAAGAUUCUCAGCUAUGGUUGCAACGACACAAAUGCAUCUCUCAACGGCACUCGACAUGCGGAAUUUGUUGCGAUUGAUAGAGUCUUGGAGGAGAACCACUUAGUAGGUGCGUCUCUUGAAAAUAUUUCGAAGUUCUUCAGUGGCGUGGCUUUAUAUGUUACCGUAGAACCUUGUGUUAUGUGCGCGCUGGCUCUACAACAACUUGGCAUUGGCGAGGUUUUUUUCGGAGCCGCCAACGAUAGAUUUGGUGGAAACGGUUCGGUCAUUAAGGUGCAGCAAUCUAGUAUACCUAACUACUAUGCGAGCUUCGGAGGGAUCAUGAGGACGGAAGCAGUUUAUUUACUUCGUUGCUUUUAUAUUCAAGAAAAUGAAAGUGCCCCAGUUCCCAAAAUAAAGAAAAACAAAGAUAUUGAGGGAAAAUCCUUUCCUCCUAAUAUCCCUUUUGACCAAUUUUUGACCGAAACUGAAUUUGUAACGUUGUAUGGCUCCGAACGCUUAAGGCUCUUCUUCCCUGGUCCUGCGGAAGACAUCGAAAUGUCUCCUUUAAUUGGCAAAGGCUAUCGAUUUCACGAGCUUGUUGACGCACAAGCAAUUUUGUCAAUUCCGCAUGUCAAGAACCUUUACCCUAAGGGCGAUAUAACAGUAGAAGAGGAUAUCCAAGCUCUUGAUCGCUUGCUUCCUUUUAUUGAUGACGAUGGAAAAGUUCGUUGGAAUGUUUAG